AUGGGAUGCGACUGUUGCGGCCCACUGGCUCCAGCCCCUGAGCCUGAUGCUACGCCAAUCACGGCUCCAACUGAGGAGAUGAGCAGUUGCCAGGAUUCUUGCUGCGAUGAUGGCGACGCUGAUCCCCUCGACACCACGACCCCGGGUCUGGGAGAGCCCAUUCAGGAGAAACCGGACGGUUGCUGCUUUCCUGGCAAAUGCGCGGACAAGAAAACUGAGAAUGAUACCGACGCGCCUGACUGCUGCCGUGGCAAAGUCGGCCCGUGCUGUGACACGUCUUGCCUUGAACGCUUGGCUAUGCGGGAAUGCGAGAUGAGUGCUGCGGCUGCCCCCGACCCAAACGCUUGUGGUGGAUCUACCGACCGCAAGGCAUGCAGCCAGCAUAGUCUCUCUGCCCUCGACCGCUACGGCGCUACUCUACAAGCUCUGGGAUGUAUCUGCCGCGCUCUCAUCGCUCUUGGCCAGGAAACCUGCUGUGAAAUCCGCGAGCGCCAUUCACUGGACGGGAAGCAGUGCUCUAAGAAAUCAUCUGCUCGCUCCCUUCUUCGCACUUCACUGGAUUCCUGCAGCAGCAGCAGCUCCGUUACCAAGGAGCAGGCCGCGCAGAACCGUCUUCGCCUGGGAAGGGGCUCUGGUGAAAGCGCCAGGUCUGUCAAGAAGCCGUCCGCGGAUGCCUGGGUUGUCUCUUUUUGUUCGAAGGACAAGUUCGCCAAAGAGCCUCCCGCCAAAAGCAAGUGCUCGAAGCCGUGCUGCUCUGAAGGCAAACCCGUCAAGGGAACUCCUCCAAAAAGCAUCUGUGCCGACUCUUGCUACUCCCUCGAAAAGGCCGCGAAGCAGCCUGCUGCCCAAACUGGACGCUUUGAUUCUCGCUGCUCGGAGACUCCCCGUAUCGAAGAAUCCCCUCCUAAGGUCGGCUGCUCCGGACCUUGCUGUUCCGGAGACCAGCAUGUCAAGGACAAUGACAUCAGGAGCACCUAUGCGGACUCGUACUGUUCGAAGGUCAAGCCCGUUUUUGAACCUCCAACUAGUGGGUGUGCAGGGCCUUGUUUCAGAACAGCUAAGAAAACGAUCACCAAAGAGCCCCCAAAUGCCGCCUCCUCUGGCUCUUGCUGCAGGCCACCGAAGCAGGAUAUCGUGAAGACUCCAAAAAUUAGUUGCGCGGACUCUUGCUGCACAGAAAAGCAGUCGGUCAGCCCUAAAGGCUCUUGCACCGAUGCUUGCUGCUCCCCUGCUGCGCCCGAUUCUGGUUUGGAGAUUGAGAAAGCCCCGAUUCAGGCCAUCGCCGACAUAGAGAAUCAGGAUACCGGCAAGGAACAUGUUGUCCUCAGCAUUUCUGGCAUGACUUGUACUGGUUGCGAGACAAAGCUCAACCGAACUCUCGUUACUGUCCCAGCCGUCAAAGACCUGAAAACCAGUCUGGUUCUCUCACGAGCCGAGUUCAACAUUGAUCUUCGCCUUGGCUCAGUGGAGGAAGUCAUGAAACAUCUGGAACGAACGACUGAAUUUAAGUGCGAAAAAGUGCAGAACCAAGGAUCUAUCAUAGAUCUUAUCGUCCCCGAUGAGCCCUCGAAAUUCAUUAGUCAGACGUGGCCAGACGGAGUUAUCGACCUGGCACCCGUUAACAAGCAGAUCGUGCGAGUUGCGUUUGAUCCGAAGAUCGUGGGAGCUCGAUACCUCACCGAGAAGCUUUGGGGUCCACCAAUUGAACUUGCUCCUCCACGCGGUGACCCUUCGCUGGAGGCUGGCAGCAAGCAUGUUCGUCAUGUCGGAUACAUGACGCUUCUCUCCGCAGUCUUGACGAUUCCGGUCCUGGUCAUGGCAUGGGCUCCGCUUCCUGAGAGGGAGGUGGCAUAUUCCUCUGCUUCACUCACGUUGGCCACGAUUAUUCAAGUUGUCAUAGCAGGACCUUUCUAUCCCAAGGCCCUGAAGGCUCUCGUUUUCUCGAGGGUUAUCGAGAUGGACCUCUUGAUCGUCUUGAGCACUAGUGCUGCAUACAUCUUCUCGGUGAUCUCCUUUGGGUACCUCAUUGUAGAGAAACCCCUUUCGACCGGUCAAUUCUUUGAAACGAGCACUCUCUUGGUCACUUUGAUCAUGGUUGGUCGAUGGGUUGCCGCUCUCGCUCGUCAGAGAGCUGUUGAAUCCGUUUCUAUCCGGUCACUUCAGGCAUCGACAGCUAUCCUUGUCGACCAAGAGAGCGGAGCGGAACGUGAGAUUGACGCUCGACUUCUUCAAUACGGCGACACCUUCAAAGUUCUCCCUGACACCAAAAUCCCGACCGACGGCACUGUCAUCAAUGGGUCGUCUGAGGUUGACGAGUCUAUGCUCACUGGUGAAUCUAGACCGGUGGAGAAAUAUCCCAAGUCUGUGGUGAUUGCUGGGUCUAUCAAUGGAUCUGGAGUUAUGACUGUUCAACUGAACCGUUUAGCUAGCGAUAACACUAUCAAUGCUAUUGCUGCGAUGGUCGAUGAGGCCAAACUAUCGAAACCCAGGAUGCAAGAUCUAGCGGACCGGGUCGCAUCCUAUUUCGUACCGGUUGUUGUGGCAUUGACGAUCAUCACAUUUGUCAUAUGGGUCGCAGUGGGGAUGACUAUUCGUGGAUAUGAUGGAUCCGAGGCUACAAUUCAGGCCAUCACCUACGCCAUUACUGUCCUCAUUGUCUCUUGCCCCUGCGCCAUUGGACUGGCUGUUCCUAUGGUCAUUGUGAUUGCCAGCGGAGUCGCAGCGGAAAGAGGUAUUAUCUUCAAGUCAGCAGAUGCUAUUGAAUUGGCUCAUAAGACGUCACACGUCGUGUUUGACAAGACUGGGACCUUGACUCGGGGAAAGCUUUCUGUCGUCGCGAAGAACUGCGUCGAUGAGGACAAGCUCCCGCCUCUUCUCGGCCUCAUCGAAAACAGUCGACACCCAGUCUCGGUUUCUGUGACUACUCACCUCAAGGAUACUGGAGUUAUAGCUUCGACUGUUCCUGAGCCCACGAGCCUUACUGGUAAAGGUGUUGAAACCACCUUGGGUGGCCGGAGACUUCGAGCAGGCAAUUCUCGCUGGCUGAAUUUAUCGGAACAUGAAAUUGUUCAACCAAUGCUUGCUCAAGGGUACACUGUCUUCUGCUUUACUAUCGACAAUGCAUUGCAGGCGGUCUAUGGUCUUGUAGAUGAGCUUCGACUUGACACUGCGGGGACGAUUGAGACCUUGCAGAAGCGUGGCGUCUCGGUACAUGUGGUUUCUGGCGACGAUGACGGAGUUGUUCAGAAUUUGGCGUCCAAGCUUAGCAUUCCUAGCGGCAAUGUGCGUUCUCGAAGCUCGCCCGCCGACAAGAAGGAGUACAUACAGACGCUCCUCGGUACUGACACAGGUCGCAAGAAACCGGUUGUUGUUUUCUGCGGUGACGGCACGAACGAUGCCAUUGCUCUCGCGCAGGCUACGAUCGGCGUCCACAUGAACGAAGGCACGGAUGUCGCGCAAUCUGCCGCGGAUGUGGUUCUCAUGCGGCCUUCUCUGGCUGGCAUCCCCACCAUGAUGAACGCCAGUCGGAAAUCUGUGAACCGCAUCAAGUUCAACUUUACAUGGAGCCUCAUGUACAACACCUUUGCAGUCCUUCUCGCUGCGGGGGCUUUUGUCAAUGCCAGGGUUCCUCCACAGUUUGCAGGACUGGGAGAGUUGGUGAGCGUGUUGCCAGUCAUUGUUGCUGCGGUGCUUCUGCGCUGGUCGAAGAUCUAG